AUGAGCUCUCAUGCGUGUUCUCCAGAAGAUGUGCAGCACCAGCAGGUGACCCAGUCCUCCAUCCUCCUCCGGCUUCAGGAGGCCACCAAACCGUCUCCAGCGGACAGCGAGAGCUGGAGUUCUGGACCGUCACAUCUACAGGUGGAGCGUCUGAGGGGUGAGUGUGGUGUGUUUCUGCUCCGGAGGUUGAUGAUGUGUCGUCCUCUGCUCAGUGAAGAGAUCCAGCGCUGGAGGAGGAGCAGGAGCAGCUGGACACAGAGGAGCAGCUCCGAGGAGGAGAGCGACCGCUGCGGUGUGUCCCAGAGUAAGAUGUGUGUGUCCUGCCGCACGAGGAAGACUCCUCUCUGGAGAGACGCUGAGGACGGGACGCCGCUAUGUAACGCCUGUGGCAUCAGGUAUAAGAAGUACCGCGUGCGCUGUCAGCGGUGCUGGAACAUCCCCAAGAAGGACACAAACACACACUCCUCGCGUCAGAGAUGCGGCGAGGUCCUGAAGCUGAAGCGCAGCAGCUGCUAGACACUCAUGAGCUCCGGGACUGAUCGCUGCGGUUCACUCUUCACUUACUUAAUUUACACAUUUACUGCUGAAAAUAUUUAUUGAUUUGUCACAGUGUCUCUGAUUUGUGUUUGCGGCUGUGUUUGUGUUCAGAGGUUUUCUGUGC